UUCCCGAGCCCGAGGCCCCUCCCGGAGCCGCCGGGACCCCCCCCAAAAAUCCAUCCUUAAAAUUCGGACACCCCAAAAUCCACCCGCGCCCCCUCCCCCACCCCGGGAAAUCCCAAAAAAAAUCCCCCCCAAAAAAAAACCCCAAAUUCCCACGAUUUUUAAUUAAAUUUUUUUAUUUAUUUUUAUUUUAUUUCCCGGCAUUUUCGCCGCUCCGUCCCCGCCCCUCCCCCACCCGUGGGAAGAUUCCAUCCCCCCCCCCCCCCCCCAAAAUAAAUCUGGGGGGUCCCUCCCCCCGCCCCCCUCGCCUUUUCCAUUCCCGGUUUUUUGGGGAUUUUUCCCGGUUUUUUUGGGGGGAAUUUUGGGAAGAUCGGGCAAGAUGCCACCGCCGUCGCUGUCCCCGCUGUCCCCUCUGCUCCUGCUGCUCCUCUCCAGCUCUGCCCGCGGCGCCGUCCACGCCAACCUCACCGAAGGCUGCCAGAUCAUCCACCCUCCGCGGGACGGGGGCAUCCGCUACCGGGGGCUGACGCCGGACGAGGUGCGGAGCGUCCGGUUCCUGCCCUUCGACUACGAGAUCGAGUACGUGUGCCGGCCCGAGCGCGAGAUCGUGGGGCCCAAAGUGCGCAAGUGCCAGCGCGACGGCACCUGGACGGCCAUGGGCCACCCCAGCCGCUGCCUGCGGACGUGCCCCAAGGCCCACCUGAGCCUGGAGAACGGGCAGGUGGCCGCGGGGGCCAUGGAGAAGGUCCCCGUGGAGGGCACCUGGGCCAGGUUCUCCUGCCAGCCCGGCUUCCGCCUGGUGGGCGCCGCGCGCAGCAACUGCACCCGGAGCGGACGCUGGAGCCAGCCCCGGCCCCACUGCCUGCCUCAUCGACCCCCCUCAGGGAAGAAGGCCGUGCACGUGGGCGCGCUCUUCCCCAUGUCCGGCGGCUGGCCGGGCGGGCAGGCGUGCCUGCCGGCCGUCAGGAUGGCCCUGGAGGACAUCAACGAGCGCCGCGACAUCCUGCCCGACUACGAGCUGCGCCUCAUCCACGUCGACAGCAAGUGUGACCCCGGCCAGGCCACCAAGCUGCUCUACGAGCUGCUCUACAACCUCCCGUUCAAGAUCAUCCUCAUGCCCGGCUGCUCCAGCGUCUCCACCCUGGUGGCCGAGGCCGCGCGGAUCUGGAACGUCACCGUGCUUUCCUACGGCUCCAGCUCCCCGGCGCUCUCCAACCGCCGGCGCUUCCCGACGUUCUUCCGGACGCAUCCGUCGGCGACGCUGCACAACCCCACGCGUGUCCAGCUCUUCAAGAAGUGGGGCUGGACCAAGAUCGCCACCAUCCAGCAGACCGAGGAGGUCUUCACCUCGACCCUGGAUGACCUCGACCGGCGGGUGAAGGAGGCCGGGCUGGAGAUCACCUUCCGCCAGAGCUUCUUCUCCGACCCCUCCGCGUCUGUCCGGAACCUCAAGCGCCAGGACGCCCGGAUCAUCGUGGGGCUCUUCUACGAGACGGUGGCACGGAAAGUCUUCUGUGAGGUCUACAAGGAGAAGCUCUACGGCAAGAAGUACGUCUGGUUCCUGAUUGGCUGGUACGCCAACAAGUGGUUCCGCACCCCGGACCCCUCCAUCAACUGCACCGAGGCCGAGAUGGCCGAGGCCGUCGAGGGCCACAUCACCACCGAGAUCGUCAUGCUCAACCCCGAGAACACCCGCAGCAUCUCCAACAUGACGUCCCAAGAGUUCAUCGAGAAGCUGGAGAAGAGGCUGGGGAACAACCCGAAGGAGACCGGGGGCUACCAGGAGGCGCCGCUGGCCUACGACGCCAUCUGGGCCUUGGCCUUGGCGCUCAACAAGACGGCCCAAGAGUUGGCCAAGCAAGGGGUGGGGCUGGACGAGUUCAACUACAACAACAAGACCAUCACCGAUGAGAUCUACCGGGCCCUCAACUCUUCAGCCUUCGAGGGUGUCUCGGGCCACGUCGUGUUCGAUGCCAGCGGCUCCCGCAUGGCCUGGACCCUCAUCGAGCAGCUCCAAGAUGGGGAGUACCAGAAGAUCGGUUACUACGACAGCACCAAGGACAACCUGUCCUGGUACAACAACGACAAAUGGAUCGGGGGGUCCCCUCCGGCCGAUUACACCAAGGUGAUCACCACGUUCCGCUUCCUGUCCCAAAAAUUGUUCAUUUCUGUUGCGGUGUUGGCGUCACUGGGGAUCGUCCUGGCCGUGGUUUGUUUGGCCUUCAACAUCUACAACGGGCACGUGAGGUACAUCCAGAAUUCCCAGCCCUACCUGAACAACAUGACGGCCGUCGGUUGUACCCUGGCGCUCGCCGCCGUCUUCCCGCUGGGGCUGGACGGGUACCACAUCGGGCCGGGGCUGUUCCCGCUCGUCUGCCAGGCGCGGCUGUGGCUGCUGGGGCUGGGCUUCAGCCUGGCCUACGGCAGCAUGUUCACCAAGAUCUGGUGGGUGCACACCGUCUUCACCAAGAAGGACGACAAGAAGGACAAGCGGAAGAGCCUGGAGCCCUGGAAGCUCUACGCCACUGUGGGGGGCCUGGUGGCCUUUGACGUGGUCACGCUGAGCGUGUGGCAGAUCGUGGACCCCCUGCACCGCACCAUCGAGGAAUUCACCAAGGAGGAGCCAAAGUCGGACAUGGACGUGUCCAUCCUGCCCCAGCUCGAGCACUGCAGCUCCACCAAGAUGAACACCUGGCUCGGGAUUUUUUAUGGAUUCAAGGGGCUGCUGCUGCUGCUGGGGAUUUUUUUGGCUUAUGAGACCAAAAGCGUCUCCACGGAGAAAAUCAACGACCACCGGGCUGUGGGCAUGGCCAUCUACAACGUGGCGGUGCUGUGCCUGAUCACGGCGCCGGUGACGCUGAUCCUCAGCUCGCAGCAGGACGCCGCCUUCGCCUUCGCCUCCCUCGCCGUCGUCUUCUCCUCCUACAUCACCCUGGUCGUGCUCUUUGUGCCCAAGAUGCGGCGGCUGAUCACGCGCGGCGAGUGGCAGGCGGAGCAGCAGGACACGAUGAAAACGGGAUCCUCCACCAACAACAACGAGGAGGAGAAGUCGCGGCUGCUGGAGAAGGAGAACCGCGAGCUGGAGAAGAUCAUCGCCGAGAAGGAAGAGCGCGUCUCGGAGCUCCGCCAGCAGCUCCAGGCCCGGCAGCAGCUCCAGCUCCGCUCCCGCCGCCGCCACUCCCGCGAUUCCCAAAAUUCCCAGAACUCCCAGAACCACCUGGGGCCCUCCUCCCAGCAUUCCCAGAUUUCUCAGCAUUCCCAGAUUUCCCGGGAUUCCCAGAUUUCCCAGGGGUUCCCCCAGCCCAGCCUGGUUCGCUGCCUGGUGUCGGAGCAGGCGGAGAAGCUCGGCCGCGGGAAUUGCGACGGCAGCCGCGUGCACCUCCUCUACAAGUGAGCGGGAAUUCCCGGGAUUCCGGCCGGGAAAACCACGGAAUUCCGGCCGGGAAACUGUGGGAUUGUAGCGGGAAAGCUGCUGGAAUUCGCGUACAAAAAUCCUGGAAUUUCUGUGGGAAAAAUCCCGGAAUUUAGGUGGGAAAACCCCCCAGAAUUAGAGCGGAAAAAUUCUGGAAUUCACGCAGGGAAAAUCACGGAUUUCUGGCAGAAAUAUCCCAGAAUUCAUGUGGAAAAAUCCUGGAAUUCCCAGCAAAAAGUUCCUGGAAUUCAAGCAGAAAAAUCCCAGGAUUCAGGUGGGAAAGUUGCUGGAAUUCAAGCACAAGAAUUCCAGAAUUUCUGUGGGAAAAGACAAGAAUUCAGGCAGGAAAAAUCCUGGAAUUCACACAGGAGAAGUACAGAAUUCUUUCGGAAAAAUCCUGGAAGUCCGGUGGAUAAAUCUUGAAAUUUCUGAGGAAAAUUCCUGGAAUUCACACAGAAAAAUCCCAGAAUUCAUGAAUUCAUUAUAGAAAAUCAUAGAAUUUGUCCAGGAAAAUUCCUGGAAAUCCUGAGGAAAAUAAUGUGGGAUUUCUGCUGAAAAAAUCCUGGAAUUCACGCCAAAAAAAAAAUUCCCAGAACCCACAGAGAAAAUAAUGCAAUUCCCACCAGAAAAUUCCUGGAAUUUCUGCCAAAAGAUCCUGGAAUUCUAGCAGAAAAAUCCUGGAAUUCCCACAGAAAAAUUCCUGGAAUUCAUGUGGAAAAAUUACCAGAAUUCCCGCCCAAGUCCACUGGAACUCCAUCAGGUUAGAAAUGCACUGCACAGAAUUCCAAGAUAAAUUUGGGAUAAAAAUUCCCAGAAAUUCUCCAGAAUUCCCGUUUGUCCUUUGGUUAUCCCAGAAAUACUCCAGAAUUCCUGAAAUUUAUCCCAAAAAUCCUCCAGAAUUUCCAAAUUUUUCCCUAGAAUUCCCAAUUUCCCCCCAGAAUUCCCAAUUUUCCUUCAGAAUCCCCAACAUUUAUCCCAAAAAUCUCGUAGAAUUCCCAAAUUUUCCAAUCUUGAUCCCAAAAAUCCUCAGGAACUCCUAGAAUUCUCCAAAAAAUUCCCUAUUUCCCUCAAGAAUUCACAACCUUUAUCCCAAAAAUUCCCCAGAAUUCCCAAUUCCCCCCCCAAAAUUCCCAGUUUUUCCCCAGAAUUCCCAAUUUUCAUCUAAAAUCCCCAAAUUUCCCCCAGAAUACCCAAUAUAUGCCAAAAAUCCUCCAGAACUCCCAAAUUUCCCUCCAAAAUUUAUCCCAAAAAUCCUCCCAGUAUUCCCAAAAAAUCCUCCAACCCCCUCCAGGCGAGAAAAAUUCCUGGAAUUCAGAGGCAAAAAAAAGGGAUUUGGGGCCAGGAAUUCCCAGAAUUUUCUGGGAAUUCUUAGUUUGGGGUCUGGGCUCCAGAAUUUCCCAAAAUUCCCGCGGAAAAAUCGGGAUCCUGCUGCUC